ACAGCUGAUUUUGGUUGUAUUUUGCAACUAUUUUGUAUUUUCGUUAAUUUAUCAAUGAAAAUGCUUAAAUAUGCCUGGCAGAGUGACUUGCAUCAACGGAUUAAAUUGCUCCGGCAGCUGUCUGCUCACAUCCCGCAGCGAUUCUACAGCAGCAAAAUCAGAAACAUUGGCAUUCUGGCGCACAUCGAUGCAGGCAAAACGACGACCACAGAGCGCAUGCUGUUCUAUGCGGGCAAGACUCGGGCCCUGGGCGAAGUGCAUCGCGGGAAUACGGUGACCGAUUACCUAACCCAGGAGCGGGAGCGCGGCAUUACGAUAUGCAGCUCGGCGGUCACGUUUCCCUGGAAUGGCCACCGCAUUAAUCUGUUGGACACACCCGGACACAUUGACUUCACCAUGGAGGUGGAGCAAUCACUGUACGCCGUGGACGGUGUGGUCGUGGUUUUAGAUGGAACGGCCGGUGUGGAGGCCCAGACAGUCACCGUGUGGACGCAGGCAGACAAGCACAAGCUGCCGCGUCUGAUAUUCAUCAACAAGAUGGAUCGUCCGGAUGCAGACUUUGACAAGAGUGUUAAUGAUCUCAAGGCAAAGCUGGAAACGCAGCCUGUUUGCUUGCAGUAUCCUGUGAAGAGCGAGGAUGGAGUAUUGGCCAUCAAUGAUGUCAUCACCCUGGAGCGAUUGAGCUGGCAGCAAAAUGACCUCGGCCGCAGCUACAAGAAGACGAAACUGGAGCCCUCGGAUGAUCAGCGCCAGCUGCAGGAGAGGCGCAAUGAACUGAUUGACACGCUGUCGGGAUUGGACGACGAACUGGCUGACGUGGUCAUCAGCACAGAGAGCUUUGACAAUGUUGAUGGUGCUUUAAUUGAAAGGGCUCUUCGACGAGCAACAAGUCAGCAGAAGGUGGUACCCGUGCUCUUGGGUUCGGCGUACAAAAACGUUGGCAUUCAGCGGCUGAUGGAUGCUGUGAAUGCCUAUCUGCCGGCGCCGGAGGAGCGAAACGAGAUAUACGACUGCUUCGGAAACGAGGUGGCUGCCAAGGUCUUUAAGAUUGUGCAUGACAAGCAGCGAGGACCUCUGACGCUGGUGAGGAUUCUGCGCGGCGAGGUAAAGCGCGGCAUGCGCCUGAUAUCUGCCCGUGGCCAGGCGGAGGUGGUGUCCAAACUGUAUGAGCCUUUGGCAGACGAAUAUCGAGAGGUCAGUUCCCUGCAGGCCGGAGAUGUGGUCAUAUGUGCUGGCCUAAAGUCCACAGUGACGGGCGACCUCUUGACCUCCAGUCAGUCAGCUCUAAAGAAUGCUCAGAAACGCUUGAGGCAAAGUCUAGGCACAUCUCCUAGCCAGGAUGAGGAAGACUCCGACGAAUCAGAUGAGCUCUUCGCCUUGGAUCCGCCUGUACCAGACGCUGUGUACUUCUGUUCCAUUGAACCGCCUAGCAUUUCCUCGCAAACGGCCAUGGAGCAGGCUCUGCGGCAGCUGCAGCGCGAGGAUCCCAGUCUGCGGGUCAGCUACGACGCGGUCACUGGGCAAACGGUGCUCGGCGGAAUGGGCGAGCUGCACAUGGACAUCAUCAAGUCGCGCAUCCUGAGCGAGUACAAAAUCGACGUUGAACUGGGCCCACUGCAGAUCGCCUAUAAGGAGACCAUCGAGUCGGCCGCAAUAACCACGUUGAGCGUGGAGAAGGAAAUCGCUGGCAGCAAGCAGAAUGUCAGCAUUACACUGGAGCUAGUGAGGGACCAAAGCGAGUUGUUCAGCUUGGAUAAGUCUCCGGAAAAUAUGCCAAACCUCAACACAUUGCGACCGCGCAUACUUCAGGUUCUGCGGAAGGGUUCCAUCAGUGCCUUGGAGCGGGGACCUCGCGUGGGUGGACAAGUGGUGGAGACGCAGAUUCGCCUGCACAACGCCACCAUUGGUCGGGGCACCGCCGACUCGUUCGUCAUGGCUACGGCAGCUCAGUGCGUUCAAAAGCUGCUGAGCACGACUGGAACGCGUCUGUUGGAGCCAAUCAUGGCCCUGCAAAUUGUGGCCCCCAGCGAACGUAUCUCCGGGAUUAUGGCUGACCUUUCCCGCCGGCGAGCCCUGAUCAAUGAUGUCCAUCCGAAAGGCGACAGGAACAAAAUGAUCCUGGUGAAUGCCCCACUGGCCGAGCUCUCCGGCUACUCCAGUGCUCUUCGCACUAUCAGCUCGGGCACAGCCAGCAUGACCAUGCAACCGUGUGGCUUCUCCUCAAUGAACUCUGCGGACGAAUCGCUGGCGGAGCGGCGAGCCCAGGGCCUGGAAUAAGGGAACGGAUAAUGUUGACUAGUUCUAAGCAGGCAGGGUGUCAGAUGCCAGCCCUUAGCUGGGCCGGAUCUUUUUGUGUUUGUAAUCGUCACCCGUUUAGCAAUAUUAAUAUUUUGUGGACUCAAUCAAUGUCGGACGUGUUUAAGUUGAAAUUUAGAUUGGAUUGGACAUAGCAAUAAAUUGGUUUCUUUCUGGUUGAACCCUA